CUGUCUCGGGGAUGCCAGGGUAAAGGCAGCAGUAAUGCUAAUGCUAGCAAGCAAACUGAAGGGUGACGAUGGUCUCAAAGGGUCCCGGACAGCAGCCACAGCGUCCGACACGACUCGGAGGGUUUCUGUGACAGACAAAUUGCUUGUUAAAGAGAUUGCAGAACUUGAAGCUAAUUUACCUUGUACAUGUAAAGUGCAUUUUCCUGAUCCAAAUAAGCUUCAUUGUUUUCAGCUAACAGUAACCCCAGAUGAGGGUUACUACCAGGGUGGAAAAUUUCAGUUUGAAACUGAAGUUCCCGAUGCGUACAACAUGGUGCCUCCCAAAGUGAAAUACCUGACCAAGAUCUGGCACCCCAACAUCACAGAGACAGGGGAAAUAUGUCUGAGUUUACUGAGAGAACAUUCAAUGGAUGGCAGUGGCUGGGCUCCCACAAGAACAUUAAAGGAUGUCAUUUGGGGAUUAAACUCUUCGUUUACUGAUCUUUUGAAUUUUGAUGAUCCACUGAAUAUUGAAGCUGCAGAACAUCAUUUGCGGGACAAGGAGGACUUCCGGAAUAAAGUGGAUGACUACAUCAAGCGUUAUGCCAGAUGAUAAAAGGGGACGAUUGCAGGCCCAUGGACUGUGUUACAGUUUGUCUCUAAUGUGAAAUAGCAAGAGGUAGCCCCCUCUCCCGUCCUCAUGCUCCCUCUCAGUCCCCUGGAUUGCCCCAGUCCUGCGACCAUGUUGCCCUGAAGAAGACCAUCUUCACGACUGCUCAUUGUAGAUGGAGAAUUUCAACAUAAAUAUGGCAAGAAAAUGUGUCUGGGCUUCUGAAGAGUUAUCUGUUUACCUUAACAUGUUUACUUUUUUGAACUUGUACUGUAUAGGCUGUUGGUGAAAUUCUUAAGAAGUUGUAAUGAAC